CUCCGUUCUCCAGCGCGUGGCGCAGCCCCGGGCCGGGCUCCGAGUGACUCUGCAGCCCGGUCUGUGCGCUCGGAGCCCGCCGCGCCUUGUCCCCAGGCUGGGCGGGGGCCGGAGCUCGGGUGAGGAGCCCCGCAGCAGCCCAGAAGCCCCUUUGGCUCCCCUGGAAUUCAGCACCUGAGAGAGACAAACCAAUCUGCCCGGCUUUUUGGUGGAACUGGUGGUAUUAGGAACUAGCAAACCCCUGUAAACCAGACUUACUGAGAAAUUCCAGCAGCACCGAGAUCUGUGUGGGAAAUUCUCUACAGCAAGGAGACAGAGAGACUGGCCUGAAGGUGCCUCAGCUUGUCUGACGGCCACCUGGAAAAAGGUCCUUUCCCUCUGAUGCACCAGAGAGCGGUGACGGCAGAGCCAUGUCUGUCGUGGAUGAUGGCUCUCUAAAGCACCCCCCUGAGUCCGCAGUGGACCAGCGCUGGAAGUUCCUCGUCUUCUACCUCUGUUUUUAUGGCUUCAUGACCCAGAUCAGACCUGGGGAGAGCUUCAUCACCCCCUACUUGCUGGGAGCUGACAAGAACUUCACCACAGUAGAGGUGACCAACGAGAUCACUCCCGUCCUGUCCUACUCCUACAUGGCCGUCCUGGUGCCCAUCUUCCUGCUGACGGAUUACCUGCGCUACAAGCCGGUGCUGGUGCUGCAGAGCCUGAGCCACAUCUCCAUCUGGCUGCUGCUGAUCUUCGGCACCAGUAUCCUGGCCAUGCAGUUCAUGGAGUUCUUCUACGGCAUCACCAUGGCAGCCCGCGUGGCCUACUCCUCCUACAUCUUCUCCCUGGUCACCCCCUCGCACUACCAGCGCAUGGCCAGCUACUCCCGCUCUGCCGUGCUGAUGGGGGUCUUCACCAGCUCGGUGCUGGGGCAGCUCUGCGUCACCGUGGGCGGGGUGCCCUUCAUGACGCUCAACUAUAUUUCGCUGGGGUUCAUGCUCUUUGGGCUUGUCCUGACACUCUUCCUGGAGCAGCCCAAGCGAAGCCUCUUCUUCAACAAGAGUGGUGCCCCCCCGCUCUCAGAGCUGGACAGGAUGCACCCCGUCGAGGGCAAGCCAGUGCCCCCCGCACCCUCCCGCUGGCGCAGCUCGGCCCUCUUCCGUAUGCUGAGGGAGCUCGGCACUAUUGCCAAGCUGCCCCAGCUGCGGCUCUGGUCCCUCUGGUGGAUCUUCAACUCUGCCGGCUACUAUCUCAUGCUCUAUUACGUGCAGCUCCUGUGGAAUGAGAUUUACCCCACCACGGACAAUCGCAAGGUCUACAACGGCGGGGUGGACGCCGCCUCAACGCUGCUCGGUGCCAUCACUGCCUUCGCUGCUGGCUAUGUGAAGAUCCGCUGGGCGCGGUGGUCGGAGCUGGUGAUUGGCGCCGCGACAGCCUUCCAGGCUGGGCUGCUCUUGCUGAUGAGCACCACCAGCCACAUCUGGCUCUGCUACGGGGCCUACAUCCUGUUCAGGGGCUCCCACCAGUUCCUGGUCCCCAUAGCCAUUUUCCAGAUUGCUACCUCCCUCUCCAAAGAGCUCUGUGCCCUGGUGUUUGGCGUGAACACCUUCUUUGCCACCAUCCUGAAGACCAUCAUAACCAUGAUCAUAUCAGACAAGCGAGGCCUGGGCCUUUCAGUGCAUCCACAGUUCUACGUGUACUUCGCCUACUUCACGCUGCUGGCAGUGGUGUACCUCGGGGCAGCAGUGUGCGUGGCCGUGAGGCACUGCCGGCACAAGGUGCCCCAGGAGCCGGCGUUCGCCAAGGAGCUCAGCAGCCCUGCUGAGGAGGUACCAGGGAAGGAGAAGAGCGCAGAGCCGGGCAGCGUGCACAUCUGAGUGCAUCUGGGAGAGGAAACCCAAGGGAGUGGCCUGUGUGCACACCCCACCCCAUCACAGUCCUCUCACCUUCCUCGCAGUGUCAAUGUGCGGCUGAGAAAGCAAGGAGCACAGGCCAGGCUGGGGCUGCAGUCCUAGCCCAGCUUGUAGGGGUCACCAAGCCCCAGGGUUGUGCGCACCCUUGGUUCCCAGGCUGCCACUGCUGGCAGAGCCGCCACUCCCAUCCAUGCCUCCGCUCCCAUCACAGCCUCAGUGCUGGCAAACCCCAGUGUUGAGAACUGCCUUUGAGGACAGAACGGCGCAAGCCCGGAGAUCCCAUUCCAGCGCCAGGCCUGGCCCCAGGGCUGCUGCAUUGAGUGACCCGGCUCCGUUACUGACGCGGUUCCUGGGCUGGGUUUUCCCGAUAGACACUUGUGUGCGCACACACUCAUUCGGGGUGACCUGUGCCAAGCGUACCAAACUCACCUUAGGCUCCUCCCAGAACAUGAGGCGGGGACUACACCUGAGAUGUUGCUAAGACAAGCCAUUGAGGCUCUUUUCUUCGCUUCUGGUGUCAGCCCUCACGGGUCCCGUGUUCCAGCUUUGCUCCACAAAGGCUAAAAGUGUGCUCUUUGGAGUGAAAGCUGAGUGUCCGGUGUAAUCACCUGACUCCAGGCUCUGGGGCUUGGACCACUUCACCCGAUGUGUCCCCCCAUCAGUGCACUGCUUCAGCAACUGUCUGAAUGGCACCUGUGCAGCCACUGCACUGCUACUGCCCUAGCCCGCCGCUUCCACGGCAGCUCCCCCGGGUCCCUCUGCACAAAGCAUCUGACCCUCUGGUGUUGAAUCUAGGUCUGCACGGGGAGGGCCAGCCAGCCCUUCCCCACACAUGGCUCCGUAGCUUUGCAGCAUGGCCCACAGAGCAGCCUUGCCCUGUACUACAGGGCUGGAAAGUCCUUGUGCUAAGCUAGGGCCUUGUGGCAUAACUCUGCCCUGUACUGCAUAUGCCCAGGAGAUUCAACCCGGGCGGGACCAUGGUUGACUCUCCCUGCUCCCCGUGGGGGCUGGGCCGUAUCACUGGGUUGGGCUGAGAGGGGCAGGUGAGCUGUGCCCUCCUGCCUGGCACACAUCAGCUGACUGUAACAGAUUGGGAGUCGGGAGAGGCGGCUGUAAGUGUGGGGGCGCAUCUGGCAGCCCUUUCCAGCCCAGCGCGGAGCUAGUGGGCCCAUUGCUGCCCUGUGCUCUUCUUGGGUCUGCAGCAGAGGCCACUGGGGCGGGGCAGCUCUAGCCCAGAACCCUUGGGUGCUGGAGAGGGGCACCGAGCAGCCUGUGCCCUCAUGGGCAGUGCUGCCCUCUGUGCACAGCCCAGUGCCCUUGGCCUCACAGGGAGAUGCAUGGCCAGUGGCAGAUACCGUGCUGUGAGACUCUGCUGGGGUGCCUUGCCUUGUGCGUGACGGCAUCGCCCUUCCCCUGCCCACCAGCCUCAGCCUGAGCCAGGGCGUGUUUUAAUACUGCUCAGCUGCAUUCCAGCUCCUGGCCGUGCCUGCAAACGCUGCAGGGCUCUGCCAAUCUAAACCAUGCCUUAAACUGUGAACCCCCCCAACGCCCAAAUUCCUCAGCACCAUCUCCCGGCAGUGGCCAGCCCCCUUACUGCACAUGCUCACACAGGAGUAAGGUUUUUUUUGUUGCUUUAAAGAGCUAAUAACUGAGCCUGCUAGCUGUACAUUAGUGCACCCCCAUGGCUCAUCGUGACUGUAAACCACGUUUAGUAACAAACCGUCACAGGGGUAAGUGCUACCGCGUGUCGAAUAAAGCUAGACAGGGUUACACACAAACAAAAAUAAAAUGACACUGCACCGCCU